AUGGAAAUUUGUUUUCCUAUCCUCUUUUUUUUUUUUUUUUUUGGCAUCAGCACUGUUCCAGGGGAUGAUUUUGGCUUGGUACCCAGAUCCCUGUUCUUGGGUUUUGUUGGCUUUUUGAAAAAUUGCCUUUCCUUAUGGUUUGGUGAGUGGGUUGGUAGCAAAAUAAGAUUUUUGGUAAAAAGGACAGAAGAAUUGAGCUAUAGCUGUGAACAUGUUCUUUUUUCCUACCUUGUCAUUGAAAAUUGGGGAAUCACUUUUAACCAUUUUAUGUGUGUAUCCAAAGAGCACGGACUGUUUCUGGAUUGUCAAUGA